AAUUGUUCAGCAAUGCUCAUCACAAGGAGUUCAGUAAUCGUCCUAUCUGUGGUACUAUUUUUCUUUAUAGGAAGUGCUCUUCUGGCGCACGGGCUGUACGUUCCACUUGUUGUCCAACAAGAAUCUGACCAGACGCUAUGGGAGGGCCGGGAGAGCAAGGGACCAGAAUUUGCUUAUUGCCACGCCCGUACGCCCGAUGUUGAAACGUACAAGCGGCCCAAAGACGCCAAACUGUUGCAAACGAUUGCUGUGAUUCGCCACGGCGAUAGGUCGCCCAUCGCAGUUUUACCCUAUGAGAACGUCACUUGGGAAUGUGCUUCUCUGGACCAGAACAUCCCCGCUCCCGGUUUCAAUAAUGGAAGGGGAAAACUCCAGACAGCUUUACAUAUGUCAGUUCCAGGUGAUAACCCUUUCAGUGCCGCUAUCUGGUCGGGAAGCUGUGCUCCUGGCCAGUUGACACCGAAGGGGGCAAAACAGCAGAUUAAACUCGGCAAAGCAUUCGGUGAUAUUUACAAGCAUCUCAUCCGAAAGGGUUCCAUCAAGGUCAGAUCUACCGACGUAUGGCGAACACAACAGUCGGCUGAGGCCCUUUUGGCUGGCAUGAAUUCGCGAGUCAGUAUAUCACGUCAACCUGUUGUUGUUAAAACCGUGCCCCUUCGCAUUGAAACAAUGGUUCCGAAUACCGAGGCCUGCCCUCGCGUUACUCAGCUAUGGCACGAUAACCAGGGGCAAGACGUAGAGUGGUCUUCGUAUUUGACGCGCAAUGAAGGGCUUCGUAAGCGCUUGGAUGAGAUCAUGGGAACGGAAGAGCUCUGGGAUUCGGCCAAUUACCGUUCAUUUGACAGAUAUUUCGAUGUCAUUGCAGGUCGCACCUGCAACAAUAAGCCGCUGCCCUGCAGUCCAGGCCGUGCAAUCAACGGAGAUUGCGUUACGAGUGAGAUGGCUGAACAGAUCUUUGAGAAUGGAAACUGGGAGACCAAGAGGCUGUUUGCCGAAGGCCCUUUCGCCAAAGAGCUUGUCACCAUCUCAAUUGGAGAUUGGCUUCGAGAAAUACGGAAUCUGAUGGAGGCUCAUGAACAGAGGAAUGAAGAUCGCGUGCAUUUUUCCCUUUAUUCCGGCCAUGAUACAACCGUUGCUCCAUUAUUGGGGGCUCUUGGAGCCCGAGGGCGACAGAUGAAUUGGCCUCCUUAUGCAUCUAACAUUCUGAUUGAAUUGUGGAAGCAGGCGAAGGUGGACCACGAAGCUCUCUUUGUUCGCGUUCUGUAUAACGGCGAACCUCUUGACGUCGAAUGGUGUGAUCUCAGCUGGUGCUCUCUUUCAGAGUUUAAAAAGCACAUUGGACAGUUUGUGCCCGUGGAAUUGGUCAAAGAGUGUCAGUUGCAGUAAUAGCUAUGUAAAUACACCGUGUCCCUUUGGUGGCACGGAAGAUCAAUCUUGAGGUUUGGAUUCUGCUGCUGUGCUCUUGUUGAUCGGGCCAUAGCUUUUGUUUAGCAGCCAAUUAUGUCACCAUCACGC